GCAAUAAUUAUUGUACCACUUUGCUAAAACACAUUAUAUAAUAUGGAAAUAUACAUAUUUUAAAAUAACUGCACAUGAUAAUGCUCAUAGAUGCCUAUAGAGAGAGAAUACAGUUAUUGUUUACAUUCACCCAUUGUUCUGUGGUCAAGACUUUUCAUUUGCUAUGUAUUAGUGAAAUGCAAUUUCAUUGAUGGACCGAACGGUGUCGCUAUACACAAACAUUUGCACAUGUUCACAGAGCCCUUUAAAACCUGCCAUCUCAUAACACAAAGAGUUUAUGAAUUUUAUUACAGUCAUGGGUUACGCAAAUAUCCAGCAGAAAAUGUGUCUUCACAGUAGGCUAUGUUAUCUGAGAGUUAUCACAUGCAUUCAAAACAUAAUCUCUAAUUAAACACACACAAAGCGGUUUGACACUGCUUAGCACUCAAACAAAUACACAUAUAUUCAUCCAUGAAAACCAUUGACACAGUUUUGUUUUGAUAACUGUCCAUGUCUGUGUGUGGAUGCACAUAUGUACAGGGGCACACAAGCAGCCACAGCCUCUGCAGUCCUGAAUGGGGGUGGGGCCCCACAGGAAUGAGUGUUGAAUCUCAGAGCCCUGUUGCCAUGGCACCAAAACAAGGAUUCGCCUGCAUUACCCAGUAUGACUGGAUUUGUCUGAAUCAUCUUUCUCUCUCUUGCACACACAUAUCAUUGACAGACGUUAAUUCAUGUAGUACACAUGUGCAACAUGUUUUUUUCUUCUUCUUUAUUUGUCUAACUCCCCUCCUCUACAAAAUGCUAUCAGAGUUCUAUCAGAGAUUAACAUUGCACUUCAUCUGCCAAGCAGAUGCAGACUUGCAUGCACAUGUUCACAGAUGCACAAAGUAGCACAUACAUACACAGUCCAUAAAAGACCACUCAUGACUGACCCAGCCGGUGAGUGUUGGGUUAAUCCACAAAGCGGUGAGAUUCUGAUGCAUACCCCAACAGAGAGGAUUACCCUCCCAUCCUCUCAUCCAUCAGCCCAUCCUCAUGCACAUGCACUCAUCAUAACAAUCCAACAUUAACAGAUGUGCCUCUCUCAGCACUCACCACUACCGGGAGAUUGGGAGAGGGAGCGAGAGAGAUGGGAGAGAGGGAGAGAUUUAGACUGCAGAGUGUGUGAAGAGGUGAGCGGAGUGAGAGCCAGGGGUAUUCCACAUGUUGUCGGUUUCUAGUUGAUCUCUGUUUCUCUCUUCAGUUUCUUGAUGAAUAAUUAACUCCACACAGGCUGGAGAUCCAAGUCUUCAUGGUCCCGGACAGUAUCACAUGCAGGGUGGACACGAUCAGCUUAUUUCAGGACGCAUAGAACUCUGAGUGUUACCUCUCUACCCUCUUGAGCUUCAUCUUCAGCUUUGAAAACCAGUGUUCGUGUAUGAGUGCACACUUAUUUUGCGAGUGAGGCACUUUUGGGAAAGCAAGGAAAAAGGAAAAAAUGGAGGCCUGCAUUUUGAAAGCAUCUUUCAGGACGUGACAAAGCGCCAAGCUGAUCCUUUCCGUUGUAAAAAGCUUUGGAGAAGCAGUUGCUAAAAGUAUGGGCCCAUCUGCUGGUGUGCUACCACUACUUCUGCUGCUGCCUAGACUACUUUGUGCUCAGCUCAGCACCGUGUCUGAACUCAAGGACACAUCCAGCUUGGAGUUCACCCCAACACCUUUUCUGACUGACCCAAAUAUCACCGCAGGAAAAGGUUUGUCUCCUAGCCCCCAAGCCACCAGUCUACCUCCUGUAACAGUGGAGGACCGAUCCGCUGCAGAAAGCUACCUCUACAAUGGCGAUUCGUCCUCCUUGGCUGCCUCUACCUGCACACGAACUUUCCAGCUGCCCGUUCGGCGAGGACCUCCACCUCGAGACCUUCUCCCUCUUUUGCACCAAGCCAUAGCAUCUCUGACAAAUGCUGCCAACUUUCUCAACCUCAUAUUCCAAGCUAGUGAGCUGAGAGAAACCAGUGUACGAGAGGAUAUAGAGUGGUACCAUGCACUAGUCCGGACUAUGCUUGAAGGGGAUCGGCCAGGCUUGGUCAGACGAGCUUUUCUAACAUUCGACGCCGACCCAACAAUCCAACAGCCCCAGUUGGUGCUCCGUGCCUCCAAAGGCACAACCCAAGACAUUCUCCUGCAGGACCUCACAUCUGCCUGGACCAGCUUCCGUCCUCCUGCCCCUGACCAAAGCUGGUUUGAUAUAUUCAAGUCUAGCUCUCCGCCCCUCCAUGCCUUGUCUAAACGGGUUCUUCUAAAUGACCUAAGCACCCUAGACACUCCCAAGUGGGCACGUGGGGACAGUUAUGUGAUCAAUAGCAGUGGGGUUCAGUGGGGUGAAGGUCCUUUCCUUGAGUGUGUUGAUGGCCGUUUUUUGCCAGGGUGGUUACUUAGCCUUUCAAUGCCAUUUUAUGGGUUGAAGCCAGACCUCAGCCCAGAGUUCAGGGGUGUGAUUCGUGUCGACGUCAACAUCCAGGGAUUUAGCGUGGAUCAAUGUGCCACUGGAGAUUUCUGGUUCGCAAACACACACCAGUGUAAUCGGACCAGCAUGGAGUGUGAGCCUAUUCCACAAAAGGGCUUCCGGAUGGGUCAGUACUGCUGCCGAUGUAAAAAGGGCUACUACAGUCCAAUCUCAGACAUACAGAACAAAAGGAACAACCGUGAGAAUAACACCCAAGCUUGUUACCCAGAAGUCCCUGUGUGUGUGCCCUGCUGGCCCGGCUGUGCUGAAUGUGAGGAUGGAGCCCCGUGUUGGGUGCAGGAGGACUGGCUCCUGAGGACGGCUGUUCUGGCUGUGCAGGGCCUCUUCAUGAUCCUUGUGCUAAUCAGCAUGCUGGUGGCAUAUCAGUGCAGAAAAACCAAGCGGAUCCGAUCAUCAGGGCUUUUGCUGCUGGAGAUGAUCCUGUGUGGCUCUCUGUUGCUUUACUUCCCAGUUUUCAUUCUGUACUUCAAGCCCAGCACUUUCCGGUGUAUUCUCCUCCGUUGGGUUCGUCUGCUUGGUUUUGCCAUUGUUUAUGGAACUGUGGCACUCAAGAUGUACCGGGUUCUAAAGGUGUUCCUGUCACGAACUGCCCAGCGAGUACCAUACAUCACCACCACUGGAGUGCUGAGGAUGCUGGGAGUGAUGGUGCUCACUGUCAGCUGGUUUCUGUGCGCAUGGACAGUGGGUGUCCUACAAAACAGAGACCGAAACGUCCCACUUCUCAUCAUAUCCACUACCUCAGAAGGACAAGGCUUCAAUGUGUGCGAUCUGGACCGAUGGGACUACAUGAUGGCAGUCGCGGAGCUGUUGUUCCUGUGCUGGGGGAGUUUUCUAUGCAGCGCAGUGAAGACUGUACCUUCUGCAUUUCAUGAACCACGUUACAUGAGCAUCGCCAUCCACAAUGAGCUACUGCUGUCCUCCAUGUUUCAUUUGCUCAGAUUUGCCAGACCGUCAAUUCAUCCUGACUGGAUGCUCUUGCUGUUCUUCACUCACACGCAUGUCACUAUUACUGUUACACUCGGCCUGCUGUUUGUACCCAAGUUUCUCCAUAUGUCACAACCAGGCAGAGAAGAAAUAGCGGCAGAGGUAUAUGAGGAUGAGGUGGACUUGCGACGUUCGUGUUCUUACCUCAACAGUAGCUUCACCUCGAACUGCUGGAGUGACCAAAGUUUGGACCCUGAUGACAUUCGGGAUGAGCUGAAGAAACUGUAUUCUCAGCUGGAAGUCCACAAGACCAAGAGGAUGGCAAACAGCAAUCCCCACCUUCCAAAGAAGCGUAGCUCUCGUCUCAGUAUUGGACGAUCUAUUAUAAAACGUAUCUCUGAGAUCCCAGAAAGUUUGAGCAGACAAUGUAGCCGUGAAGACAAGGAUAUCAGUGCUGCAAUAGGAACUAUAACACGAUCGGGAUCUUAUUACAAAUGUCAUCAAACCACAAGUAUUAACACUAUAAAUGAAACUUUAAUGCAGCCUUCUCCAAAGCUGCGGAAGUCCCAUAGUGCCUAUGAUUGUACCCCAGAAAAGGAAGCCUCUUUAUUAAACUCCUCCAUGAAAAGAUCAACAGAAAAGAGGCACUCACAGCAUUCUGAUGCAGGAUCUAUCAAUACAACACUGCUGAUCUGCAAGUCUGCCAGUGCCCACAAUCUAUCGCUAGAUACUAACCUUUUACUUCCCGAGCCCACCAGGUUUCAAAAGUCACUUAGUGUAAUAGAACGCAAUGACCAUCGCUCUGUGACACCGUGUAGAAGCAUUGAAAAUGUGUCAAUUUCUAUCAAACCUACCCCAGCAGAAAGGCCACCCAAGCUGACUGUGGAUGUUGACAUAAAGAGGCAGACUUCUAGUGCCUUGCUGUCAGAGUCCUUUGACAAGGCAGAGGUCUGCCCAUGGGAGGUUCCAGAGGAGCUCCCUGCAACCAAAAAUCUAAAACAUGUCACAUAUUCCAUCUCAACACAGGAAGAACCAAAAUCGCCUGGUGCUCUGUCAUCACCAACAUUGUUAUACGUUUGUCCGUGGGAAUACCUGCCACCUCCUUCUCCCCCUGCAAUUGAAACUGGGAAUGGUAUUCAGUCAGAAGUUGAUUCCACAAAACCCAAACCUCCAAUAUCUUGUAGUGCUCCUGGGUCACCACAUACAGUUUCUGGCAAGCCAAAAGAAUUUCGGGUUUUCUCUUUCCGCUCCACUACACAAAAUCUCCUUGCAGCAAAGGGUGUUGGGGAACUUGCAAGAAGCAUGAGCAGAGAGAAAAGCCUACAAGAAAGUAACGUUAGGGAGGGAACACUACAAAAAUCUCAGUCUACAUCCAUGAGAUUAUCUCCAGGCAGUGCAGCUUCAGACAAACGUACCCCACAGACACAAAGACGGGCUAUGACUACUAUAGGAACAAAACCUUCCCUUGUGAAACAAACAGCUGUACGGCUGCCAUCAAAUGAUUCUCCCGAAAGGAGCCCCAAGCAUACUGCUCCAGUUCACGUCUGCCCAUGGGAGUCAGAGGAGGUGAUCUUGGAGGUCAAAAAGCAGAAUGAUAUAGCAUUACAAAGACAACUGAGUGACAAGAAAGAAUUGACUGUGACAGCAAGUAACGAUGGUUUAAAGCCAUCUGAGCUACAACUUAAGUCAUUAUUAGUUGUUCCUAAUACAGAAGUGUGUCCAUGGGAUGUCCCAAAACCUUUUCAUCAAAGUAGCAUGUCUGAAGUCUGUCCUUGGGAGGUUGUGGAAGUCGAGCAAUUGCAAACCAAAAACAUGCAAACUGAUGUCUGUCCUUGGGAAACAGACUCAUCAAGGGUUACUGAAGACACAAUAUGCAAUACCACUGUUGAAGUACCCAUGCCUGGAGACAUCCAGAAGCAGGUAAAAGUGAAGCCUGAAACAUCCCCUUCUGAUGUAUCAGAUACAAAUAUACCCAAGGUCAAACAAGGAUCCAUAAAAAUGUCCAAUGAGACAAAGCCUGGUGAAAGGGUUAUUUAUGUUAAUACCAGAGAGUGUCGGUUGGAACAAGAAUCGGCUCAGAAAAGAGGAUUUAUGGAAACAAGUAAAACACUGAAGCAAGAAGAAAGUGAUUUUCCUGAACCACCCCCACCUGUAACUGAUGUAUGUCCUUGGGAUUUAGAGCCAAAUACAAAAGACAAUUCAAAACCCUCAAUGACUAAAAAAGCAACUGUUUGUCCGUGGGAGGCAGGGGAUUCUGAAAAGUCAGAAGAGAGGGAAAGUGCUACAAUCAAGGGGUCAGCAAAAGUACAUCAAAAACAAGAAAGUGUAUAUGCAAAUGUCUGUCCAUGGGAAACAAGCGAGUCUGUUAAGACCAUGCAGAAACAAGAUAGUAUCAGUAGAAAUGUCUGUCCAUGGGAGACACAAGAGUCAGUGAAGACUUUGCAGAAACAAGAUAGUGUCCGUACAAAUGUUUGUCCAUGGGAGACAGAAGACGGGGUAAAAACCUUACAGAAACAAGAUAGUGUCCGUACAGAUGUUUGUCCAUGGGAAACAGAAGAAUCUGUCAAGACCUUGCAGAAACAAGAUAGUGUCCGUACAAAUGUUUGUCCAUGGGAAACAGAAGAAUCUGUCAAGACCUUGCCGAAACAAGAUAGUGUCCGUACAAAUGUUUGUCCAUGGGAGACAGAAGACCAGGUAAAAACCUUACAGAAACAAGAUAGUGUCCGUACAGAUGUUUGUCCAUGGGAGACAGAAGAGCCAGUCAAGACCUUGCAGAAACAGGAUAGUGUCCGUACAAAUGUUUGUCCAUGGGAGACAGAAGAGACGGUAAAGUCCUUGCAGAAGCAAGACAGUGUCUGUACAAAUGUUUGUCCUUGGGAGACAAGCAAGUCUGUUAAGACCAUACAGAAACAAGACAGUGUCCGUACAAAUGUAUGUCCAUGGGAGACAGAAGAGCCAGUCAAGACCUUGCAGAAACAAGAAAGUGUCCAUGCAGAAGUUUGUCCAUGGGAGACAGAAGAGCCUGAAAAGGCCUUGCAGAAACAAGACAGUGUUCUUUCAGAUGUUUGUCCAUGGGAGAAAAAUGAGCCAGUGAAGACCUUACAGAAGCAAGAUCGUGUCUGUUCAGAUGUCUGUCCAUGGGAAUCAAACACAUCAGCGAUUCAAUCAGUGCCACAAGACUCCCCUCGUACGGUCCCAACAAAAAGUCAAGAAAGUGCUCAAGAAUCUGUCUGUCCCUGGGAAACUAACAUGGGAACAACAGCAACAACAGAAGCCAGCACAAGUCAAACUGUCCUAGACACAAUCAGAACACACCCUUCAGACACACAGACUGCAGAAGAGUUACGGGUUAACCCUCCUCUAGCUAGACGUGAUGCAUUAUGUCCCUGGGAAAUGGAAGGGGGGCGACAAGAAUCUAUAACCAUGCAUGAUAAUUUAGAUGUCUUCACUUGGGAGGAGACAAUCCCAGAGGAAGAUGAUGGUGAUGCAGAAACUGCUGCAGAGGCCUUCAUCUUCCCUCCAGACCUGUAACCCACAAGGGAAGUAUCAUUGUGCUUUAUAUACCUUGGAAGACAUUGUAACAAGGACCACUGGUUACAUUCGGGCUUUAUGCAGAAUGUUCCUCCACAGCAGUAGGCAUGCUUUACUGACUGUUAUUUAAGGAAGGAUUCCUGCUAUUGCAAUUUUCUCCCUAGUCAGCUUAAUAAACUGUAUCUGGAGACUGACUGAAAUCAGGACAGAACUGCUCUCCGGUGCGCAUUCCCUUCUGGCCUUACAUUACUACAAACCCCAUUUUAUUUGGUAUUGUUAUGUGUGUAUUUGUGUUUAUAUGGCUGUGUAGAUAAUAUUGUCUGUAAAACCUACAUCACCAACAUUUCCUUGGUGGAACAUUAAGAAGGUUUAUUUCCAUGUAUUUUCAGUAAAAAACAAACAAACAUCACAUCAAUACUACCAAUUAACUAAGUGAAGAGAAAAAUUGGCCUGGGGUGCGUUUCCCAAACAACAACAUAACUCGCGACUGUUGUGACGAGUGUUUCCCAAAACCAUAGUUUCUCUGUCGUAGAUACAUUGUUUGAACCACGUAAGUUAUAUCGUUAAACGCCCAUAAUGAUGAAAGAAAAAAACAUCCAAUAUUAGUUGUAGUAAAAACAUGCACUCGUUUUGAUGGUCUCAGAUAUACAUCAUCAUGUUAAUUUUAAUUUUUAGCUCUCUGCAACUCAUGGUCCCCCACUGAAGCGAAGCAGGGCUGCACCCGGUCAGUACCUGGAUGUGAGCCCUCAUGGGAAAGCUAGAUUGCUCUCGGAAGUUGUUAGUGAGACCAGCAGGAAGUGCCCAACCUGCUGUCUGAAUGGGUCCUAACGCCCCAGUAUAUUGAUGGGGGGACUCUAUACUUCUCAGUGAGAGCCGUCUUUCAGAUGAGCGUUAAACCGAGGUCAUUUAAAUCCCAGGAUGUCCUUCGAAAAAAGUAGGGGUUUAACUAGAGAUGGGGACUCCAAAAGAGUUGAUUCCUUGACUCAAUGGACCUACGUGAACACUUAUUCAUUUUGAAUUUCGCAACCACAAGUACUCAUAAAUAAUUAGUUUCAUUUUUAAAUUCCUAUAACCUUUUGCGAUUUGGUUUUAAAGAUGAUCUGCCUGUGAUGUUAAGUUUGCUGUGUUAUAAAUGAAAUAUAGCACAUUUGUUUAAAUUUAAAGGGGAAUGACAUCUUACAUAAGCACUGCAGGUAAAAUUACGAUGUUAUUAGUUGCUAUCUCUGCCUGUUUCACAAUAAAUUUAUUAAUUGAUUAAAUAUUUUAAAAACACUAAUCAUAAUGACAAAAGUAGCCUAGAUUUAUUUAUUGACAAAACAUGUCGUCCUGUUUUGUUUUUUUGCCCUAGACGCACUUGUUUUCACCUCUAAUAUUUAGGCUAUUCUUCUUGUUUAUUUUGCAGAUGAAUACAAAUUGCAUGCAUUAAAAUUAAGAUACAAUUCAAAACAAACUAAAUAAGUUUCAAAAAGAGGAUUUUUAAAUUAAAAAUAUAGCCACGGCUAAGUGUUCAAAAACAGGUCUAACUCGCUCCUUUUCUUCAGGCUUAUGCUGUCCCACUAACACACUCUAAUUUAAUUACAAUAAACAAAUAGCACAAAACAAACAGCGAUAUUUCAAAGUAAAGGAACAGGCUAUUUAACAGUAGACUUUAAAAAAACACAUUUAAGAGUGAGAGAAUAAUAUGAUAGGCUGCUUUGAGGCAGUCUAUCACACUGCUUUUGUUAUUUUAGGUUUGUUAUGGAAUAUUUAAGUUAAAAAAAUCUGUGGGUUUAAUAUUUAAUUAGUCAUUGAAUCAAAUUAAAAAGCUAUUUUGUUUAUUGAUCGUUUGAAACGUCUGUACAAAUACAGCAACAACCACAGACCGUCUGCUACUCCAGAUUAUUUUGUUUACUCAGUACUCUGUAUUCAACUAUCAAACAUCAUAUUCAGAAGAUAUUUAGGCUAUUUAAUGAUUUUUAUUUAAUCGUUUUUGGGCUCAAUUUGGGUGUUUUUUUUAAUUUGUUAAUUAACUGUUACACAUCUUUUUAUUAAAUAUGUUGAUAAUAAAAAGAUGUUUUAACUUUGACAAGUUUAGAUCAUUUAUUAAAUUACAUUGCAAUCUUGGAGACAAUUCAAAUAUGUUGUAAAUAAUAUAGACUUAUAACUAUUUGACUGCAGAUAAUUUAAACUGCAGAUUUUUUGCUGUCGCUAUUUCAAGUGAAUCCAAAAUUAGGAGUCGAGAAUCAGUCAACUCAAAAAACCUGAAACCGAACACCCCUAGGUUUAACCCCUGCAUCUUGGCCAAAUUUGCUCACUGCCCUCUGUUCAUCAUGGCCUCCUAACCAUCCCCAUAUCAUAAUUGUCUUCAUCCCUCAGUCUCCUCUCCACCAAUCAGCUGGUGUGUGUUGU